AUGUCUGGCAUUCAAGCUUUGAUCUCAAAGUUCGAGACAAAUCAACUGGGGUUCGAAUCAGCCACCAUUGCUCCUGUUCCAAAAAGGGUUUCAAGACUCUUUAUAUCUCCAAAUCCUAACAUUAGCAAUUAUAUUCAGAAAUCAAAUGUGGAAGAAUAUCCAAUUAAGAAAUCAACUGCAGCUAUACUUAAAGAUCCACAAUCUAAAAAUUUGGAUCAAGCCCUUGGAAGAAGUAAGAAAGUGGCUUCUGCUGAAAAAUUCUCUACUUUUGAUUUAAGAAAUAACGAACCAGGUAUUUCCAGCAAGAGAACUUCAAAGAGUUCAAUUUCUUCUAGUGCCAUUGACAAAGAAACUCUCACUGGAUUCAGAAUUCUUCUGCCACUACCAACUAGGUCCAAGAUUUUUGAAUCGAAUUCAGCUGAAGCUUUCAAGACAUCCAAACCAGAUAACAGAUUAGAGUCAGAAAAGAAGUCCAGUAUAGAUCCAGUCGAUUCCACAGAUAACGUUAAAACUGACACUUCCAAUAUCUCUGCUCCCAGAACUGAAAGUCCUAGUAAAGAACUGAGCAAAUCAUUGAAAAGUGGAAGUAAUCAACCAGUUAGACACAAUGUUACUCUUCCACUUGAUAGUAUUGAUUCGCCUUCUCUCUCACAAUCACAAUCACCAGUCAGUUCCAUUAAAGAACUUGAUAGGUUAUCCAAAGAAAUUGAUUCAUAUAUGAAGAGUCCUGAAAUGAGUAGUGCUGAAUUAGCUAUAAUUAAGUCACAGCCGGUGAAAAUGGUUACGAGGUCACCUAUUAGAUCUACAAAAGAAUCAGAUAGAGAUAGUCCUGAAAUGGUCAAUUAUGAGGAUUUACCUGAUAGAAGUAGCAAAAGAAAUCGAAUUUUUGAAAUUCCUAAAAAGCUGGAGAAGAGGAAAAGUUCAAGUACUACAGUUGGAUCUUCGUCGUUAGAAACAAAUCCAACCACACUUAACAAUAUUAUUACCACUAACUUGAUUUCUACUCCAAAUGCAUCACCGCACGAGAGAGACAACGAUCUCUUUGAAAAUAGCUCUCGCAGAUUCAGUACUCCUAUGACACCACCAAUUGAAAUCGGUACCGCUAAAAGAACAGUUAUUAACAGACCUAUUCCAGAACUUUCAGAAGGAUCUAAUAACAAUGAACCAGAAUUAGAAGCUACACAAUUGUUAUUAUCACCUAUAGUAUUUCCUAACGAAACUAGUACUCCUAAGAAAGUGGGUGCGAAAACGGUUGCUGAAUUUGAGAAUUAUGAUAAAGAAGAAGUACCAUCUCCUAAUCCUAAUAUGAAAUAUAUUACCAAGAUUGAACAAACUUUAGAUAAUUUACAAGAUGAAUCAGAUUUACAAAAACUGAAGGAGGAUCAAAAUCCAACUUCGAAAUUUAAUAAAAAGUUUGGCAGUUUAAAGAAAUUAUUUGUGAAGAAAAGUUCAAUUACACCACCUAGGAUGAUUGUUGACAGUACUCCAUCAUCUAUCAAAUCUCCUGUCCAAAGACAAGCUCUUGAGUCUCCACUUAGUACAGCAGCUGAUGAAGAUGUUUUUCAUGAUGCUAGUGAUUCUGGGUUUGAUAAUUCUAAACUUUUGAUUCCCAAUUUGAAUUAUCAAAUCUCAGAUAGUCCUUCAAGUUAUAUCCCUACUAGACCAGCACCAUCUCCAACAAGAAGUAAAACAAAAGUAACUAAUAGAGUUGGAACUAUUAAAAGAGUGGAACAAGUAGUUGUCACUAAACGAACUUCAAAAAAUCCACCUCCAAAUAAAGAACUACCACCUUUACCUGUGACACCAAUUGGAAGCAAGCCCACUACUUUGGAACCAAAAAUGAUUGCGAAAAAUCCGACUUCAUCUCAGCAAAGACAACCACUAGCACAACCACCACAACAAAGUUCUGGUUCCAUGAAGAGAAUGAAGAGAGAUAGUUUAUUUCAAAGAGAAGAAACUAUUCAAGCUAUUGAAGAAAGUUACAACAAGAAUAGAAAUAGCGAAGUUUCAUCAGAUGAAGGUUACUUCCGUACCCCACAUACAUAUAGAAUCUUCCUAAGCAAAGUUGAUAAUAAGAUCACUGCUACAAGUUUAAACACCAAGAGGAAUAGUAUUGAUGUUGCUACUCAAACUGGAGAAGAAGUUACACAAUCAGAAACCCCCAUUGGUCCAAAGCGUCAAUCCUUAAAUAGAAAAAGCCAAGUCCAAACCAAGACCACCGUUUCAGGAAGGUCACAAACGCCUAUUGAGCCAAGAGUUGAGAAUCAAUAUUGGAAACAAUUUAUGAAUCAAGAUAAUUUCAUUAAUUAUUUUGAAAAAUUUGUCGAUGAAUCCUUCACUUACAUCAAGCCUAAAUAA